UUAGAGUUUUUUUGUUAUGUGUAUAAGGGUGGCAAAGUCGUAAAUACGAUAGUCUUUCUUCGACGAAGAUCCAACCCGGUAAUUUGGGCCGUAACUGGGCCCUAUGAAACCCAAAUAAUUCCAUAAGAAAAAUUCUCCGUCGGAUUACAGCGAUCGGUUACUUCCUCAUUCUCGCCGGCGAUCAGCCUCCAACGCCGCCUCGUCGCCGUCAUCAAGCUCUUCUUACCUUCUAAACCCAGCUUUGAAUAUGCUGAAAAUUUUGUAUUGAUUCAACAUCAUUUAUGGUGUCAGAUGGCUUGGCUUGUGGUUUCUCUUUCACUGAUUGCUAUAUGGGUGGCUUCUUUCUGCAAAAUUUUCUUCCGAGCAACAUCUACCUCCAGUGCUGCUGCUAUUUUUGAUGAUGGUAAAACCCUUCAGAAGAAAAAUGUUAUGUUCGUUAUCGCACAUCCCGAUGAUGAGUCAAUGUUCUUUUCUCCAACAAUAAAUUACUUAGCUUCCAAUGCCUGCAAUCUUCACAUAUUAUGCUUCUCCACCGGUAACGCUGAUGGUAUGGGAAGCAUUAGGAAAGAUGAGCUGCAUCGAGCAUGUGCGGUUCUGAAGAUUCCGCGUCAACAAUUAAAGAUUCUGGACCAUCCUAAUUUGCAGGAUGGUUUUGGGCAAUUAUGGAGCCACGAUUUGCUAAAAGAGAUCAUCCAAGAAGAAGUCACUAAUCACGAUAUCCACACAAUAAUAACAUUCGAUAACUAUGGUGUUUCGGGUCACUGCAAUCACCAAGAUGUGCAUCGUGGAGUAUUAAAGUUCUUGCAGACUAAUUCAGGAAGAAAUAUCAAAGCUUGGGAACUCGUAAGCCUUAAUAUCUUUCGCAAGUACUUUGGACCUGUCGACAUUUGGCUGUCAAUUUUAUCCGCCAAACAACAUCCGAGUAAGGUAAUCAUCAUAAACGAGCAGCCUUGGAAAAGCUUCAAAGCAAUGGCACAACAUUUAAGCCAGUGGGUUUGGUUUCGGAAGCUUUUUGUUUCGUUUUCGAGCUAUACAUAUGCGAAUACACUUAAUAGAAUCAACGCUUGAGUCAAACGAGCUCUUGUGGAGGCAAAGCUGAAACGAGUUUGAAGAAAAGCUGUAGCUUGUAAUGUUGGAUCAUUUUGUUUAAAAAUACUUUGCUACAAACUAUUCAGAUGUAAAAAGCUACAAAAAUCUGCGAAGUCCACAGAACUUAAUUUUCUUUCCAUUAGAAUAACAAAAAACAAUGUACACAUAUUUUAUUUGA